CCUGCUAACAUAGUAAUAUUCUUGAAAAUGUUGCUUUGAUUUAGCUCCUGUUGUUUAGAAGGCUGCUAAAGUGACAAUUACAGGAUGACCUGUCGAAGCGGGUGCUACUUUUGUGUGAAGCCUCCUGAGAGGGGUAUGGAUUUAGAUUCGGCCCUAAAUGAACUUGGCAUGCUUAGUUCUGUCACAAAUAGCCGCAAGGAAUUCAGGAAAGAGAGAAAGAGAUCAACAAGUGAGUCAGCAGCUUCACUGUCUUUCAAUGAACCAGUGCCAAGACCCUUUAAUGAACCUGUCCCAUUUACUGAACCAUCCCCUAGCUUCCAUGGAAAGGGGUUUCACAUUCUUCAAGUUGAUCCCAACUAUGUGACUGGAUUUUCUGCUGAUUUCCCGGUGGUAAUGAAUGUGCCAAAAUCAGACUUUGAUUUAUCCGUGAAUCCUCCAAAGAUUCCAUCUACAUCUGAAACAAGUCCAAUAUUAGAUCCUCGAUCGAGGGAUUGUUUUUGUCCUUCAGGUACUUGUCAACAAUCUGAGGUCACACCUAAACAGAUGGUACCCAAACGAUCUAUGUUGAGGAAAGGCAGAUACAAGAGAUACCUUAAACCAUAUGAAGUUCCUUGGAGACUUCAUAAUUCGCUACCAGAAGCUGAAAUACAUUGUCAGGAACAUUCCAAAUCCAAUGAUUCCUCACCUGUUAAAGCUUUGAGUGGUGGUCCAUUAACUAGGUCAAGGUCACUGAAUAACCUUGAAUCUGCUAGGGCAAGGUUAGCAGACAUUUUUGAGGAGUCCCAUGCUCCUCAUGCAGCUGAUAGACAAGAAAUUGACAAAGUCUCUCAGCAAAUUGAAAAUUUACAUUUUGUUGAAAAGACAUAACACUAAUGUGUUUUCUAGUUCAGUUUAGCGAAUUAUUGAUGAUGAAGAAUGAAAAUGAAUUACUGCUUGUUUAGAAACAUGGUAUUCCCUUUAAUAUGAUUUUCUUGUUAACUUUUGCUUACAGCAAUAUAGCUUACACAUUUCUUCUCUUGUAAAAUACUAUUUGUAUUUAUUUAAUCGUUAUCUGUAGUCAUCUGUUUUGUUACAAGGGAAGGUAUGAUAUACAUCUCUGGUUUAGCUCCCCCAUGUAGUACAUUUGCUUAUGUGCAUACAAUAUACUGUAAUAAUAUAUAUACAAAAAGUGUUUGUUUUGAGCUCCAUUGGACAUACAAAGUUUGUAGUUACUGGUAAAAUCUGUUUAUAAUGAUCAUAUCAUAAGUGCCAGUGGGUCAAUUCAAGUAUCAGAAACGUGCCCAGUUCUAAAAUCUCCAUGAACUCAGUGGAAUCUCUAUGGAAAUUAUGGAGAUUCUGUGUAAUUUUUCUACACUUGACUUGUCUCCUUCAAAGAACUUUUCUAUAUUUUCAUUAAUGGACCUGUUUAAUAUCAGGAUCAGGAGCACCCUAUCAGUUAACAGGUUUCAGAACUUUUUUCCUGAAGAUCAAUGCCAAACACACACAAAAAUCUUGUCGUUAUUGAGAAAAUCUGUAUCAGAGGUAGAGAACGACAACAUAAUCUGGAGACCUGCAAAAUCUGUAUUGCUGAUUUUGCUAUUUGUCUUAUAAAAUACAAAAUUAGCAGAAAAUGUUUCAGAAGUAUAAAGCCGGCCCGAAAUAAUGAGGCAUGACUGAAACCUAUAAACUGCUGCUAAUAAUGCCGAUAACAUUCACUACUGUUGAUUCUUGAAGAAGUAUGAAGAAGAUGCAGUUAUCAGUAAAGUGGUUGUGGAGGUUAAUGAAGAUGUCCUCUUUUUACUCCUGCGGUUUGUCUAUUUAUUUACCUGACUGGUUUAGUAAUUAGUAUUUAUUGAUAUGCUCAUCUAUAUAAUUUUAUUUAUUUAACUGUUCAAAGGUUGUAAGUUAUAUUUAUUUACCUGUCCAAUGGUUUUGUAGUAAAUAUUUUUUUGUCAGUUCAACUGUUUUUUGUACUGAUUCAUAUUUAUUUACUUGCCAAAAUGUUUAUGGAUUUUGUC